AUGGCAGGUGCGGCGGAACGUUUCGACUUCUUCUUGGAUGGCGAGGCCGUGAACUACGAAGCGAGGAGCACUAGGCUUGAGCGUCUGAACCGUGUCUGGCCCACCAGCGAUUCUGUCGUGGCGUGCUUCUUCAAGAGUUGCAAGGGGUGUGAUAUGACAUCGGCAGCCGUCAAGGCCUCGUUCCUCUUCUUCUUCUUCGCCCACAUCUUCUCUGCGACGGCCUGGAAGACCUGA